UCACGUUUGUUAUCGAUCUUGCGUUUUUAGUAAUUGUAAAACAUUUAAAUUGUAUACGAGCGUUCGUUAGUCUGUACGUUAUAUAAUAUCUUCAUAGAGUUUUCAUUUCGUCCAUCGUAUUUUGGAUUAUCGAGUGCUAAUGCGUGGUAUUUCAGAAAGCUCUCCGACUCGCGCAAUGGCGGAGGAUUUGGAUGUCGAGGCAAUGCUGGAGGCGCCAUAUAAGAAGGGGGAGCAGGACUCCUCAACCAAAGACAAAUCAUCCAAGGAAAAUGGGUCUAGCCGUAAAUCAUCUGGGAAGAGCAAGCAUCGUUCUCGUUCCCGUUCUCGAUCACGAGAUCGUCGAGAGAAAGAUCGUCGCGAUCGCGAUCGAGAUAGAGACAGAGAAAGAGAUCGUGAUAGGGAUAGAGAUCGUGAUCGCGAUCGUGAUCGUCGACGUAGAUCAAGAUCAAGAGAUCGGAGAGACCGCGAUAGAGACAGAGACAAUAGUGAUAGAGAUAGGGAUCGUCGGGAUAGAGAUCGAGAUCGAGACAGAAGAAGAAAACGAUCUCUCACACCAAUUACACUUCCUAGAGCAAGAUUACCAUUUGGAAAAGGUGUCAGUCCCCUUGGCAUAAAUGAUGAGUUAACACCAGAGGAACGAGAUGCCCGAACUGUUUUCUGUAUGCAAUUAAGUCAGCGCAUACGUGCUCGAGAUUUGGAAGAAUUCUUUUCCAGUGUUGGGAAAGUUCAAGAUGUCCGACUUAUAACAUGUAAUAAAACAAGAAGAUUUAAAGGUAUAGCAUAUGUGGAAUUCAAAGAUCCUGAAAGUGUUACAUUGGCACUUGGUUUAUCAGGUCAAAAGCUUCUUGGUGUUCCUAUAGUAGUACAACACACUCAAGCCGAAAAAAAUCGUAUGGGUAAUUCCAUGCCAAAUCUAAUGCCAAAAGGACAAACUGGACCCAUGAGAUUAUAUGUUGGAUCUCUUCAUUUUAAUAUCACAGAAGAUAUGCUUCGCGGUAUUUUCGAGCCUUUUGGAAAAAUUGACAAUAUUCAAUUAAUUAUGGAUCCCGAAACUGGACGGAGCAAAGGCUAUGGAUUCUUGACUUUUAGAAAUGCCGAUGAUGCAAAGAAAGCUUUGGAACAAUUAAAUGGUUUUGAACUUGCUGGAAGACCUAUGAAAGUUGGUAAUGUUACAGAACGUACAGAUUUAAUACAAGGUCCAUCUCUUCUGGAUACAGACGAAUUAGAUCGAAGUGGUAUCGAACUUGGUGCUACUGGAAGGUUACAACUAAUGUUUAAGCUAGCAGAGGGAACAGGACUUGAAAUUCCUCCUGCAGCUGCAAAUGCAUUGAAUAUGGCUCCAGUUAUGUCAACGCCACAACCACCUCCACAAGUUGCUCCUCCUAUAGCAACACAGUGUUUUAUGUUAUCGAAUAUGUUCGAUCCCCAAAAUGAAACGAAUCCAAAUUGGGCAAAAGAAAUUCGUGAUGAUGUUAUCGAAGAAUGUAAUAAACACGGUGGUGUGUUACACGUCUAUGUGGACCAAGCUUCCCCUCAGGGUAACGUUUAUGUUAAGUGUCCGUCAAUAGGAACAGCAGUCGCAGCUGUCAACUCAUUACAUGGUAGAUGGUUUGCUGGCCGAGUAAUUACAGCCGCUUACGUGCCAGUUGUAAAUUAUCAUUCGUUGUUUCCGGAUGCGAUGACCGCUUUACAGUUAUUGGUUCCGAGCGCUCCGCGAAGGGGAAUGUGAUCUUAAACAGUGCAAAUGCCAAUUACAAAUAUGUAAAUUCAUAUAGUAUUACAUUUUUACAAAAAAAAUUUUUGUUACUAUAACAAAAUCGUUAAGUGUCGUUUCAGAUUAUACAGGUGUUACAAAAUAACAGCGAUGCAUCUGCAUAAAAUUUUCAUAUAUGAAGAUAAUUAUUAUUUUUUUGUUUUAUAAAAAUCUUCUAUUAUUAAGUAUCUUGACCAAUUAAUACAAACUGAAAACUUAUUUUUAAUAUAUUUCUAAACACUUUAAUUAGAAUAUAGAAACAAAAUUAUCUUUUGAACAGUUAUUUAUUAAUAUAAUUCAAUUAUAAAAAAGUAUUUAUGUAUAUCUACUCGUGUAUCGACUUAUAUUUCAAUAGAUUCAGUGCAGCAAAAUCAAAUGACUAUUGCUUUAUUUAAGUAUAUAUGCAGCAAAUAUUUAAUUAUUCUUUGUUAUUACCUGUAAUAAUUAAUAAAUUGAAUAAUUUUUGACGCUUAACUUGUUAAAGUAAAAUAAAAGCAUUGUUUUACUUUUUAAACUGAAAACAAAUUAUUAUGAAUUAUAAACAAAGUAAAACGAUUAAUAGAUAGUAAUUCUCAAUAUAUGUUGAAGAUGAUAAUAUAUAUAUAUAUAUAUUAUAAUAUAUAUAUAUUAUAUUAUAUAUAUAUAUAUGUAUAUAAUAAACUUUUCUUUACAACUUCGUGAUUGUUGGAAAGUGCACAGCAGAAAUUCUUUCUUUAGAAGAUAAUAGAUAUGAUGAAGUAAAUAGAAAAUUCUUUUUUUAAAAAAAGAGAAGAUCUGCAGACAAUGAAUGUUAUUAAUAAAUAUAUUUUAUUAAAUGUAAUAAUGAUAAAUAUAAUGUUUAAUUUAAAAAAAAAAUAUAUAAAAUUAGUUUAAGGUACUAAUUUAUACAUUGGUCUUUUAUAUAUAUACAUAAUAAUAUACAUGUAUGAUCUUUGUUAUUUAAGGAUAAUUUGAUGAGCAAAUUUUUAAUAUAAAAUUUAAAAAAAUAUAUUUAUAAAAACUCUUUAUUAAGAAGAAUUAAUAGAAUAAUUAAUAUAUAUAAGACAAUGAGAACAUAUACAUUAAUCGAUUCUAUCGAAUCGUAUUUCUUUUAUUCCUGCAGAUCUUUAUUAAUUAAAAAAAAAAUUAUUACAAUAAUUAUGUAAAAAAUUUUGUAAAUUAUCACUGUUCCUUCAUAUAUGAUAAUAUACUAUUGCAACUUCAUAUUAAAAUGUGAAUGUAUACUUUCGUAAUUAUAAAUUAAAAAAUUAAUGUGAUAAUAUCAUAUGGAUGUGAGGACUUUCUAGAAUAUAAAUGUAAAUGCGCAAAUAACAUUUCUUCGACAACAUUUAUUCAUUUACAUUACUUUAAGUAAAUUGUAGUAUAAUUAAGAUUUUCAUUUCUUAUUUUAGAAUAGAAUA